CGCCCCUCUUUUAGUUUGGAAUAUUCCAAAAACUUUUCUUGCACACAUUGAUUAGAUUCGGCUGCAGAUCAUCGGCUGUUGUUGACUUAGAAUCAACUUGGAAAAGUUAAAAGAUCACAGAAAAUGUCAACAUCAGCAGACAUAUCGCCUUGCAUAACCCCAUCAACAACACCUUUGAGUGGGACACAUGCUCCAAAAUAUGGCACAGUCAUUCCAAACAGAAUAUUUGUUGGUGGCAUAGCAGCAAAUUUACCCGAUUGUUUACAGACAACUGAAGAUGAAUUAAAGAAUUUCUUCUGUGCUUAUGGAGCGGUCAAAGAUUCCAAGAUUAUCGCUGAUAGAGCUGGAGUUUCUAAAGGGUAUGGCUUCAUUACCUUUGAAAACCAGGAAGAUGCUGACAGAAUUAUUAAAAAUGAAUCGGAGAAUUUGGUAUUUAGAGACAGAAAGUUGAAUAUUGGACCAGCAAUAAGAAAACAAGUCAGUUUGGAACAAGAAGCUGUGAUAAUUCCCCGAGCCUAUGAUCCUACCCUCCCAGCAGGAUCUGUCAUGUACUCUAAUGGCAUACCAUAUACAUACCAGAAUGGACUUGCCAUAUUCCAGCCCCCAACAGAAGGAGGCUACCCUAUACCUCAGCCACAGGUACAAUCACAGGCAGCAGCUGCAGCAGCAUACUCUACUCUAAUGUUACCACAAGCUUCGCCUCAAGCAUACUAUAUCUCACCACAGUAUGCAUAUCAGCCUGUCACACCACAGUGGGCAACAACAAAUGCUCAGUGGAGAUGGGCACCACAGAGUCCAACACAAGCAAUGACUGGAUCUCCAGCUUAUUACUACACAACUAUGCAGACUGCCUCACCUGAGCAGCUUAUGUAUGCCCAUCAACAGCCACAGUUAACCCUCCCGACAGGUGAGGUGUCUGAUCCUGGCACUGCACUGAUAGACGCUUCCUCUAUGGAGGGCAGCUUAGUCCCGGUGUGCCCUGCAGACCUGCCCCGCACAUAUGUCUCUGAUGUGCCUGUAGACCAGCCUGUGAGCACCACUGUACCUGUCUAUCCGUCAUCAGUCUGUUCUACAACACUGCCCAGUAAGUCUACCACCACUGUACCCUCUGUUGCACCUUACACAAAGAAAACCGUAACCACAAUCCCAAGAAGGACAUUCAGCAGUCCUACAAUCCUUGUAAAGCAUGGUCACAAAGUUCAGAGAGUGAUGAUGCCUGCUAAACCUGUUGCUAACACUGGAGCUAUACCUCUUUAUAGACCUGUUGAGAUGGGGGCUGGGGAUGCAUCGGAUGCAUGUGCUCAGUACAGCUAUCUUGCAACUUCACCACCUCCAGAAUUCAAAUGAAAGAUACUAACAAACAAUUCAUGACAAAUUUUAUUUUUUAUAUGCAGCAUGUAAUAUAAUUAUCAGGAAAGAAAUUUUAAAAGUGGGUAUUUUAUUGGUACAUUUUGUUACAUGCAUAUGACUUCUUUUAUCCAAUCCAUAAUCAUCUUGUUUAUUGCAUUAAGAAAGAAUCUCUUGUACAUUUAGAAAUGCUUUGUUAAUCUUCAAGUUUAGGCCACAUUUUGAACAUUUUCAAGAGAUGCAUGUAUAUUUUAUUUUAAUAAAAUGAAUAGAACUAUUUUCUUAUAUUUAAAACUGAAUUUGAAAGAAAUAAACCCCUGAAUAGAGGAUUUAGAUUUGAAAUAUCUUCAGUGAUUUUUUGAAUUUUCUCAUUAAAAGGUGGUCUUGAGUUGUAGGUUAUAGCAUGUCCAUGUUUGUCUAUAAAUGGUUUUUAGCUCUUAAUAUUGACUCAAUUUGAUCUCAAGAUUGUUGUGUUGUUUAUUAAAUGAUUGUUUGAAAAUAUAAAUGAUUUAAAUAAGAGUGUAUUUCCUAUACAGAAUUUCUGUGUUAAACUUUGUAUUAAUUGAUAUUUCAAAAGCUAUUGAAUGACAGCCUUAACCUCCUUCCAAAAGACUCAACUCUUUUUGAAUGUAAACUGCAAAAAAAAAAGUAGAGCUGAAAGCCAAGUAUAUAACUACCAUGGAACAUAUUAAUUUGCUGCUUUUAAAGAAAUUGAUAAAAUGGCACAAAUCCUUUAAUGAAGCAAUAAAUUGCCAGUGCAUCUUCCUUACUUUUUUGUUUUACAAAUAAAGACCUUGUGAUCUUUUUGGAGUUGUUUCUUUUCAUGUUGUCAUUUUUUUUCAGUAAAUAAUUUUUUCAAAGUUAUGGAGUUGUUAACAUUCAUGUUCAUGGUGAAAAGAGCAAAAUUGCAUUUUACAAGUUUUAGGUAUAUUUUUCUUCCACAUUAUUAAUGUGCCUUUGAUUUAAAUAGCAUUGAAUACCCUUUAGAUAAUCUCAUAACUAUCAAAGAUCAUCAUAAAAACUUUUGGCUAAAAGAAACAACUCCAAACUAAACUUGCUAGCCGUUUGAUUUAUGUAGUGAGUAGAUGGGUAUAGUGUUUGCAUCGUAAUAUAAUAAUUGUUCUACAUUAUUUCACUGAUGACUUGGAGUGUGAUAAUAAUAUGUGCUAUAAAUUGUUGAAUUUUAUGUAUUAAGGGGUGGAAAUAAUUACUCUUACCUGCAGUGAGCAGAAAUUGUACUUUCCUACCUGUUGUGGGCAACAUGAUAGUCAGCAAUAUGUCUGCUUAUCCACUGUUCAGAAUUAUCUUGUAUCUGCCCCUGACACUAAAGGCACAGCAUUAAACUCAAACAGUAUUAGCAUGAUCUGCAUUAGUAACAAUAGUCAAUCAUGUUAUUUGUUAUACUUAUAAAACUUGUGCUUUUCAUUUGAAGAAAACUUGCUUACAAUAGAUCUUAGAAUUGAAACUUUUAUAACCUUUUUAAGGGAUUUGUUUCAACACUAAAUGAUUUUGCUGCUGUGCCUUUAUUGUAUAGGAAUGUACAUUAUUUAUGAAACUUUUCUGUUGUUUUGUUUAAUCUUUUCAAAUUAAUGACAGUAUACUCCAGAAUGUUUAUUCUUAUGUUAAACAUCUUAGAAAUUAUGAUAAACUGGAAGUUAGGUUAUUUUAAAUUAAAAACCAAUAGUGGAUUUUUAUGUCACUUUUAUGCUGUUGUUAUUAAAUUGUUGACUUUUGUUUAAAGAUGUGAAGUACAUUUUGUACUAUAUCUGUAUUGAACCUUUUAACCCAAAACAAAUUUACAUACAACGAUCAUGUAUUUUUUACAAAUUGUUGUUUGAUACAAGAUUUUUUCAGUAAAAUUGUUAUUAUACAACUAACUAUACAAAUGUUUUAAUUAUUGUAAUAGGAUAUGUUUGUUAAUGUAUGUUCUUUACGGAUAAAAUUAUUUUAUAACAAAACAAAACUUGUUUCAAGCUUAAUAUUUUUAAUUGUGAAAAUUAUUAAUUGUUUCCUCAUUAAAAUCCCUAUGUAUCUUCCCUAUUGGAAUGAAUGAAAAAAAAACUAAUUAAAAACUUGUCAAAAGUAAAUUCAGAAUUUUGGAAGGUAUGUUUUUUUGCAGGCAGUAUGUUUCAUUUUGUUAUGGGUCAUCGGUUUUGAAAAGAACUUGUAUAUUUAUAUGAACUCUUCUUGAUUGUCAUUUUUGUGUCUUACUAGAUCAUUCCCAUUUUUGUACAUGUCCAUUACAAUGCUUUAAAAAUUGUUAUGUACAUUAUAUGAUUCUAUGCAUAAUGGAGAAGUAAAGUGCCUUGUAUAAGAUGUAAAUUUACAGAAACUUUGUACUUUUGUAUGAUAUGAUUGUUUGAUGUAUGUAUUGUUUGGUAUCAUUGUCAUCUUUUUAUUUUUGAGAUUUCAAUUACUGUUCUCAAAUAGUGCAUUACAACUGCUCAUUGUGUGUUGUAACAUUUAAAUAUAUAAAAAUUUUAAGAAAAAAAAUGAAGACAUAAAAAUGAUGGAAUGUAACCGUAGACUUUACUAAGAUUGUACCAUGUAUAGUUAUUGACAAUUAUUAUGAAUAUAGACCACUGCAUUGCAGUAACACUGGAUAUUGGUUCUUGGGUAAAAUUUUGUAGUAGAAAAUUAGAUUUCAAAUUUUAUUAUUAUGAUAUGUUAGGAAUUAUUGACCGGUUUUCAAAAAAGUCUAGGAAUGUUAAAGAAUAUAAAAAAAACCUACCAUCUCGUACUGGAAAAAAGAAGUAUAUACAUAUAAGCUAUUAUUCAAUUAUGACCCACUAUUACGACACAAGACCAUAAUUUUCCAAGAAUUGUGUUUUAAAAGGAAAUACUGAAAUACUGCGUUUUGACAAUUUAUGACAAUUAAUUUAUUGAUGUGUAUGGCAGCCUGCAUUUACAACUUCUCUGCCUCAGCUAGAACCAAUAUCCAAUGUCACUCCCAUACAGUGAAGAUAUGUUUUACUCAAAUAAUGUCAAAAAUCAAUAUAGCUAUUCAUCACAUAUUUGUUUUACAGUAUUAAGGUGUUAAGAUGAUUGUCUAGUCCAUUGUUAAGGUGCUAUUUUAAGUUUGGAAAAUUUUCUAUGUUGCAAAAUAUAUAUCAACCGUCCAAAAAGACCAGCAAUUGUUUUUGUUGCAUGGACUUUUUGAACCGUCCAAAAUCUGACAAUCAAAGUUAAAUAUAUUAAGAAUUUAUAUUUUUUUUUAUUUAUAUGUAGUGUAAGUAUACCUCUGGUUUAUGAAUGCUUGUUGUGUGUGUGUCUCAUUUCAUGAGAAUAUAAUCUUGUCCUUUUUUACUGAAUAGAUGACAUCCAAACAAUUGAAUUGGGUUAGACUUUCUUCUAAGAUUAACUGUUUAAAGAGUUAAGGCCCUUGGAAAUAGUAAUUAUAUACAAAUUUGUAUUACACUCGCAUUUCUAGUUGGUUUGUUAUGAAAUUUUUAUUGUAGGUUCAGUGUUCAUCCGUCAGAAAUAAGGUUGCUCUUUGACUGAUGCAACAAAAUGACAUUAUGUUCUCCAAAAAGCAAUAAUGAUACAUGGUCCGAGUACACAGUUAUCGUCCUUUGAUUUUCGUAGUCCACGAAUAUAGUCCUUAGUGUGGACAGUGUGUUACUUGCUUAUUUUGUUUUACCCCUUCCAAAUUUAUUUCUCCAUGUUUUAUGCCUCAUAUAGCAAGUUGGGGGGUGAAAUGACACUGUAAAAAAAUUUGGGUCAUAAAUAUUAAUGUAAAGUAGUGAUUAGGUCCAUCUGAAAAAGGUCAAAAAUUAGCACUUCGGAAGCUGUCAAAAGAUUUCAAGACCCCCUUAACAUAAAAUUGUCCAUAUUUUGAGUUAGAGCUGAUGAAGUUUUCUAUAAUUUUGAUAUAAUUUGUCCCAAAAGUAGUACAACACACUGUAAAAAUAUUAUUGAGAAAGCGCAGGUGGGAUUUUUUUAAUUUUCAUUUAUUGUCUAAAAGAAAUGCACUACGAAAUAACUGUACUCGGACCACAUGUGUUCUUCUUUAUACUUUAAUAAUCGAUUAUGCAACCAAAAUGCCUCACUGUGAACUGAUUAGUCAUACAUUUGAUCUUUAAUGAUUGUAAUAAUAAUAAGUGAUGUGGGCCAAGUCAAUAAGAUGGUAAUUUAAAGUCAACAUCUUUUUUAACAAGCUUAAGUUAGCUUUUGCACUCUCUUGACAUAUUUUGUGUGUAUGGUUAAGCUUAAAAUUUCAAGACAAACCUACUUUAAUGUGUCCUUGAGCCUUUAGAACUAGAGUCCAAAAAACAUUGUUUGGUUCAGUGAAAUUGGACAUGUGACAUAGUGAGCUAAUUAAAUAUGGUUCAUUGUUCAGUUUAGAUGAGGGUUUAAUUCUGUUAUGGCAUAUAAACUCAGGGUUUGUCUUAACUAGAGGUAUAAUAUUGGUUGUGUGUUGUUGUGUUUGUCAUUAUUUUGAUGUAUAUUUUGGUUUAAGUUAUUUUGUUGGCAUAAUUUAUUACACAUUUUUUUUUUUUUUCCUUGAAUGUGUGAUAACCCAUUCAUUCAUUUAUAUUUUUUUAUAUUUCAUGUUUUUAAAAAUGUUUAAACAUAUUUUUUUUGUUUUAGAAAAUUUAUUUCUAUAUAUACAUCAUCCUCAUAUCUAUUGACUUUAAUUUUUGUUAAAUUUGAUGAAAUAUCACUAUUAUACAAAUAAAGAGAAAAAUAUCAGUUGAAGCAAGGCCUGACUUUUGCUGCAAUAGCUUUGUCUGUAACAACAGCCUUCUGGCAGACAAAAAUAAUUUAUCAAUUCUUUACAUCUACAUUUAAGACCUUUUACGGUAAAAUUUUCCUCCAGAUAAAAAAAUUUAUUACUGAAUAAUCAAACGCCUUAUUCAUAUUUUGAAGGAAAUAGUGCUUGGUAAUUUAUUUUGUAAUUUGUAUCUAAAGAAAGGCAAUUGAAUAGGGGGUAACUUUCAAAUAAAGAAACUAAGUCUCUGUGUUAAGAUUGAUAUGUUUUACUUAUACUUUUGUGCUUAUACAAUGUCUUUGAAAUCCUAUGUACAUUCCACAUUUUAAUGAUAAAUGUAUAAAAACCAUAAUAAAAAUAUUUUGAAAUUGUAUUUCAGUGUGAAAAUCAGUAUACUAUGGAGAAAAAAAUUGUCAUUUCUUAGCAUUUCGUAAAUCAUCUUAAAAAAUAUUGAUUUAAUGUUAUGACGGGAAUUGCACCUUGAUUAAAAGAAAUGCUCAGAAAUUUUCUUUUUCUUCAUAAACUGAGUUGUCUUGUCAUAUUGUCACAGGGUAUCAUUAGCCUUACUGGCUUGGCUUGUCUUAUUGCUUAACCCUGUUUGUGUGAAAAUCAUGUGUAUGUAUGUACUAUGUAUGGUCAAGUAAUAAAUGUCUUGUCUA